AUGAAGCUCCAGCACGCCCUCACCGUGCUCUUCGCGCUCUCCUCGCCCGCCUUUGCCGCCGUCAUCAACCCACGGCAGCAGGGCAACGCAGGCUACGCACCGGUUGACGGCGCGGCCGCCAACGCUGGCACUGGCGCCAACGCCGGCAGCGGCAGCGGCCAGGCUGGCGCUGGCUCUGGUGCCGGUGCUGCCGGCAACGCGCCAGACGGCGGACCUGGCUCUGGGCCCGGCUCGGGCUCAGGCUCUGGCUCCUCGGUCACUGGAGCCCCCGGCGCAGCGGGCACCGACCCCAGCGGCGGCCAGUCCGGUAGCGGCAGCAGCAGCGGCGGCGGCGGCGGCGGCACCGACCCCGGCCAGGCAGCUGGCGGCGGUGGCGGCGGCAACCCCGGCCCCAACCCCAACGCUAUCGGCCCCGCCGGUGCCUCCGCGGCCCCAGGCAAGGGAGCCCCUCCUCCGGCCUCCAUGAUCCCCUCGCCGGCCGUCACGCAGCCGUUCCCGACCACCGCUGGGCCGCUGCCGAACCCCAACAACCUCCCGGUGCCGGGCAAGGCGAACAACCCGAUCCCGAGCGCGCCGCCUCCCCCCGCGCCGACGGUGUCGCAGAACCCCGCGCCGGCCGACGUCGUCGCCCAGGCUGGCGCCAACGCGCCCAACGUGGCCGCCUCGCUCGCGUCCUCGGCCAACGCCGUCCUCCAGACCGGCGGCAGCCCCGGCAUCGUCGGCGGCGGCCCGCAGGCUGCGCCGCCCGUCGGCGGCCAGUCGUCGCAGUACCUCUAUGUCUGGUGCGGUGCCGAGGGCCGCGUCGACGCCGACCGCAUCGUCACGCUCGACUUUGACCCCAACUCGCCCAACUACGGCCGGCCGAUCUCGCAGACGCUCGUGAGCUCGGGCAAUGAGCCGCACCACUGCGGCCUGUCCAACAACGGCCGCACCAUGGUCUGCGGCGGCUUCCUGUCCCAGUUCAAGGGCCAGAACGAGCUGUUCGUCUUCGACGUCGGCGCCGACCCCGCCAACCCCAAGUGGGUCGCCAACAACCGCGGCGGCUACGGCAACGUCCCCGACGAGGUGUUCCCCCUCAACGACGGCACCUUCUUCGUCACCGAGAUGGGCAACAACUGGGGCGGCGGAUACCCCGGCCGCCUGGCCCACCUCGACGAGAACGGCAACCUCAUCGCAGAGUACCCUCCCAACCCGCCUCCCGACUUCCUGCCCCACGGCAUCGACGUGCGCUCCGACCUCAACCUGCUCGUCACGUCCGACUUCUUGAACAUUGCCUCGGCGUUCAACUCGGUCCCCGGCGACCCCGUCACACAGGCCUCGGUCCGGGUGUGGAACCUCGCUACCAUGCAGAUGUCGCCCUACAAGAUCCCGCUGCCGUCGGGAACUGCGUCGAUGGAGCUCCGUCUCCUCAAGCACGACCCCCGCGGCCGUGGCUUCGUCGGCGGCACGGGAACCGGCAAGGUGUACCUGUUCGACCCCUUCUACCGCGUCGCGCGCCAGGUUAUCGACGUCAACGACCAGCUGUCGUGGCUGCAAAAAGUGCUCUCGCCCAAGAUCACGGCCCAGAUGAAGCAGGUGUCCGAGGACGACCGCUUCCUGUACUUGCUGUACGCGUCCGACUUUGACAAGUGGACCAAGCGCUCUGGCUUCUACUCUGGUGUCGCCGUCUUUGACAUCACCAACCCCGAGACCCCCGUCCUUAUCCAGGACUACAAGCUGCCCGCGUACGCCGGCCCGCAUCUCAUCAAGAUCUACGGCAACCGUCUCGCCAUCACCGACUACUUCCUCAACCUCGACAACUUUGGCAAGGUCCACGCCGACGGUGACCGCCACGUCCGCGUCUUCAACAUUGGGCCCGAUGGACGCAUCAUCCCCGACCCCCGCUUCCAGGUGCCCUUCUCGCAGCUCAUCCCCGGUGUCAACCUCCGCCCCCACGGCCUCGCUGCCAAGGUCGCUCGUUAA